AUGGAUCCAAUUACAUCCCACACCACUGAAGUGGUAGAGCCUCAAAAGAAGGGUACUACUAAACAACGCGUGGAUGCGCUUGAUGAGACAACUACUAGGUUGUGUUGUGCCUUGGAAGGUCUCGAGGAAAAAGUCGAGAUGGCCGAAUCUGAGAUUCAUGGAUUACACAUCCAACUGGAUGAAAGCCAAAGGGCUUGCGCAGCAAUGACUGAAGCUGCUACAAUCAUUCCUGAUCUGCAGGAUGAAAUGGAAGCAUUGAGAGCUCAAUUGCGGGUACUCCAACGUGCGAUGGGCAAUGGGCAAGCUCUCGUACCUAAGUAUGCUCCUAGACUCAGAAUUUCUGAACCGUGUACCUACGGAGGGGCACAUGAUGCAAAAGAAGUCGAAAACUUCUUGUUUGACAUGGAACAGUACUUUCUCACAGUUUCGAUCGAAGAUGAAGUUAGAAAGGAAGCGAUUAGAUCGCAGUUUUUCCCGAAAAAUGUCGAGUAUCAGCCUCGACGGGCACUUCGAGACCUGAAACACACGAGCUCUAUCAAAGAGUAUGUGAAAUCCUUUUCGGGGCAUAUGCUGAACAUUCGAGAUAUGUCAGAAAAGGAUAAGCUCUUCACCUUUAUGGAAGGGUUGAAACCGUGGACACGCACGGAACUUCAAAGACAGAAAGUUACUGAUUUGUGCACGGCCAUGGGAGCCGCUGAAUGCUUGAGCGACUACCAAACAGAAUCUAGAAAGAAUCGACCUUCGGGGAGUAAUCAAGCAAUUGGAGGUGGUAAUAGACCUUAUAGACCCAGCUCAAACCCCAAUGGGAGAGAGUGUUACUCUCAGAAUAGGGAAGGAGCCUAUCAAAGCACUCGUGGCUUUCAGGGAAACUAUCAUAAUAGCCGUCAAGAAAAUUUUAACGGCAGCAACAUUAACAACUGGAACAAAGGAAAAGCAACGAAGGACCGAACUGAUACCACUCCCAAAUUGAAGUGUUUUUUAUGCGAAGGACCUCAUCGGGUGUCAGAGUGUCCUCAGAAGCGGAUGGUGAAUGCACAUUGUCAGUUAGCAAGUGGCGGGUCAAGUUCAAAGCAAGAGGCCCCGCAGGCUAAUUGUCAUAGUGAGACCGAUUCCAAAGAGGAUGAGGACGUAGUUGGGGCAUUUUCACAUCGGUGCAACACACUGUCACAUCGGGUUGCUGAAAAGGAUGAUGUCCCAUUGAAAGAGGCAAAAAUGGAAGAAGCAAAGGCUCAAAUUUGUAGGGCCAAAUGCUUAAUGUACAUUGAUGAUAGUGAAAAAGUCAAAGCAAUCAACUCCGCAGCUCAACCAAUAGCUAGAGUGGCGAAAUUGGUGUUGAUCAAAGUAGGUCCUUUCGAGGGAAGGACAAAUUUAUCUGCAGUUCAGAUGGAUGAUUUCAAGUUUAUUCUAGGAUUGAAAUUUCUUCGGGAUACUAAGACAGCAAUGUUGCCAUAUUUCGAUUCGUUAAUGAUGAUGGGUAAUAAGCCGUGUGGCAUCCCUACACAGGUUGGGAGGAUGGGCGAGAAGAGAAUCUUAGUCAUGCAAUUUAGUAAGGGUUUUAAGAGAAAUGAACCUUAUUUUUUGUGCACUCUUCGAUUAGAGGAGAUUGAAGAGGCGAAUGGUCCUAUUCCAAAUCUCGUUAAAAGGCUUAUUCAGGAAUUUGAGGACAUCAUGUCAGACGAAUUACUAAAGAAAUUACCACCAAGAAGGAUGAUUGAUCAUGAGAUUGAACUUAUUCCAGGCGUUAAGCCUCCCGCCAGGGCACCAUACCAUAUGUCUCAGCCUGAGCAUGAAGAGCUUAGGAAGCAAUUGGGAGAAAUGUUGGAGAGUGGAAUCAUUGUUCCUGCGAAGUCGCCAUACGGAGCUCCUGUAUUGUUUCAGAAAAGGCCGAUGGUUCUCUUAGAAUGUGCUGCGACUAUCAAGCCUAAAACAAGAUUACUGUAA